AUGAGGGAAGUCAACUUCAGUAUCCCCAAUGUGAACAAAGCCUCGGUCAACAUCACCACCACGCUCUACGACCGCCGGGCUCUGGACUGCACGUCGACCCUGCCCUUGAUCAACUCGCUCAACCAUCUCGCCUACCUGACCACCUCCUCGGCCCGGAUCCGAGAUAUCCUCACCGUCGAUGGCGGCAUCGAACGAUUAGUAUGCAUCCUCAAGGAAGGGAGGAGCAAGGAUCUGAUGGAGAUGUGGAAAUGGAGCCUGGCCUUCCAGUGCGUGGUCAACAUCGGCGUCAGAGGCUCCGAGAGCGUGAGGACCCGAGUCGUUGAGGCCGAUAUGGUGCCUGUCAUCGCCACCAUCCUGGACAACUACAUCCAAGUGGUUGACAAGGUGCGAUCGCGCGCCGACCUGGACUCUCACAGACAUUCAUCAAGGCAUGCCCCCAAAUCCGUUGGCUCCUCCACCCGCGAUGCUGCCGCUGGCCGACCGUCGUUCCUGGAGCGAUCAUCGACUUCUUCCACUGCCACCUCAACCACCUCCACCUCCACCUCCACCUCCACCGAUCAGAGACCCUCCCGUCGUCAGGCUCCUCCGCCGAGCAUCGAGAUCCCCCAACCUUUCUUCCAGGAUAACAAUCCCACAACCGAAACUAAUGCUAUGGACGUUGCAUCCUCGCCGCGAAUGCCCAUGACUUCCCCUCCGGAGCGGAGCACUUUUUCCCAAGAUCUCCAUGACGCACGCUACCAACCGCCGAAUCCUAAUAAUACCAAUAAUCCCCACCCCCAUCACCAUCACCAUCAUCAUCACCAUCGUUUGAGGGCCAUCCAACCUUUGGCCACAGCCAUCCCAUCCAUGGAUGCGGCCGACGGGUUUGGUUUACGCCCCGUAAGGGACGCUGAACGCCUGCCCAGCAUGCUUCCUGGCUUGCAGACAGGUCUCGCCUCCCAACCAGAGUCUCCGAUCACCCCGGGUGGUCCGAUGCAGCCACGGAGCGUCCCGCAACAACAACAACAACAGCAGCAGCAGCAGCAACAACAACAACAACAACAACUCCAGCGAAGACAGCGACCCACCCUUCGCCAGCAACAAUCCGCCUCGGGUGAAUCUGAUGAUGGUAACGGGGAAGAUUCUGCCAUGGGUGAUGAAAAUACCUCAGGAGAGGUCAACGAGCCCAUUGUGGGUAUCCAGAAUCGGAUGGAGAUUGAUGGAGUUGGUGAUCGGCAAGCAAUGCUUGACGAAGUAUCCAACACUCAUGGUCUCACGAUGAACGACCCUUCCGAAGGGCCGGAUGCAGAAACCUUCAACAUCACCCAUCGGUCCGCCGUCGACGGCAGCAUCAUCACAAACAACGACACUCAGAACAACCCGGCGUUAGGCCUAUCCCCUACCCAGGCCGCCAACACCACGAAUUCCCCGCCGCCCUUGGUCCCCAGCCCGUACGCGCUCUACCUCCGCGACCGAUCGGCGACGGCCUUGUCCGCCAUGCCACGAGACGAGGAUGUGCUCAUGUCCCUUCAACUCUUGGCUUACGUGUCCAAGUAUUGCAAUCUGCGGUCAUAUUUCCAGCACUCUCACCUGGUUCCCAAACUCAAGAUUGAUCGUGAGAUCAAGAUGCUGGACGAGGCUGCUGGUUCCGUUUCGCCGGUCGAACCGGUGAAGGAUGACGACGAGUACCUGCUGCCCGACGAUGUCAAUAUCUUCCCCCUGGUGGAGAAGUUCACGGUUCGCCACUAUUCCAAGGAUAUGCAGUACUGGGCCUGCGUUGUGAUGCGCAACCUUUGCCGCAAGGACGAGUCCCGGGGAGGCAUCCGUCAGUGCGCAUACUACAAGUGCGGCAAGUGGGAGGAGUUCCAGCGACAGUUUGCAAAAUGCCGUCGGUGUCGCCGCACAAAAUACUGCAGCAAGGAUUGUCAGAAAGCUGCAUGGGUGUACCACCGCCAUUGGUGCCACACCACCCCUUGA